CUGCACAGGUAGCUGGACCUUAGACUGGAGUGAAAACAGAGCGUUAAAGCAGAGCCUGCUGGGAAUAAACACGGAGGCCUAACAUGAGCCUGGUGGUCUGAUUCACCGAGGUCUACCUGAGAGUCACCCUACCUGUCGCAAGAGGACACCGGGAUGUACCCCAACUCACAGUCAGCCAGACACCAGACACUGUCACUGAACGGUCAGUACUUUCCGCCUCCGUAUGACUUCACCGGUUACCAUCACGUCCCGGGAGUCGGUGACCCGUCGACCAGUGCCUGGAACUCCGUCUACGCUCCCCGGGAGGAGUAUCCGUACAGCUUCCCGGGGUCAAGCCCCGGCGCCGGGCAGGUCAACUUCUCCUCCCCGGAGCUGAGCGGCACGCCCACCGCGGCGGGAGGAGGGUCGUUUACCCCGUACAACUUCAUCUCCGGACAGGACCCCUUCAGCUCCAGGAGGAAACCACAGGAGCCCAUCCGACCGUCCGUCUCAGGAGCAAAGACUCGCACUAAGGACAAGUACAGGGUGGUGUACACCGACCAGCAACGCCUGGAGCUGGAGAAGGAGUUUCAGUACAACCGCUACAUCACCAUGAGAAGGAAGACUGAGCUGUCAAUGGCACUGAGCCUUUCUGAGAGACAGGUAAAGAUCUGGUUUCAGAACCGACGUGCCAAGGAGAGGAAGAUAACCCGAAAGAAGCUGCAGCAUUCUCAGCAGGCCUCCACUACAACACCCACCCCGCCUGCGCUGGGUGGACCUGCUGACACCCACAUCACCACCAGCCCCAGCAGCAACAUUUUGUCUGAUACAAUAUCUGAGGAAUACUAG